ACGUUGAAUUUCAGUGUCAUCUAUUUUGGAGUAGAGUCAAAUUAAUCUGCAUAGGAAAGGAAUAAAAUGGUUAGAUCUGGUGAGCAGCUAUUUAGAAAAUGGAAAGUAAAAAACGUUAUGUUGGAUUGAUAAAUCGAUGAAAUGAAGAGUAGCAGUGCUGUAACUUCCCGGAUUUUUUUGAGCUAAUAAUAAUGGCCACUUGUUCAAUCUAAUCAUGGCUCACUUACUCCCACUGUGUCUCCACUAACCUCGUCUGUUUAUUGAGUUCUUAUUCAAGAACCAACUGUUUACUCAAUUGAAAUGCUGACUGCAAUUGCUACUCUGUAUCCAUGGCUUCCCGUUGCAUGUGGAUUUGGGUCUUCAUAUUGGUUGCCUUCUACAACAGAGUUCAAUGCCAAAGGCCGUUUGACAAGAGUGUUAUUGCCAAAGUUGUAAUCCAUGGCGAUUCUGCUAUAGCAGAGACAGACAAUGAUUUCAUAUGUGCAACACUAGACUGGUGGCCUCCGGAGAAAUGUGACUAUGGGACUUGCAGCUGGGGCGAGGCUUCUAUGCUUAAUUUGGAUCUUGAAAGCCCGCUGCUGGCAAAUGCUAUAAAGGCUUUUGAUCCACUGAAAUUAAGAUUGGGUGGAUCAUUGCAAGACCAAGUCAUAUAUGAUGUUGGAGACUUGAAGCAACCUUGCCAUCCUUUUGUGAAGAAUAAUUCUUCUAUGUUUGGAUUCAUGGGUGGAUGCCUGAACAUGUCAAGAUGGGAUGCCUUGAAUUCAUUUUUCAAGAAAACAAGGGCUGUAGUAGCAUUUGGAUUGAAUGCCUUAAUUGGAAGACACAACACAUCACAAUCUGUUACGGAAGGACCAUGGGAUUCAAGGAAUGCUCAUGAUUUUAUUCAGUAUACAGUUGAUCGUGGCUACAAGAUAAGUGUAUGGGAAUUAGGAAACGAGCUCUGUGGAAGUGGUGUUGGGACAAGUGUCAAUGCAACGCAAUAUGCUGCUGAUGUAAUUGUGCUAAAAAGGGUUCUGAAAGAGAUUUAUAAGGGUCAUAAAGAGAAACCCCUCCUCGUUGCACCUGGUGGUUUUUUUGAUGCUGACUGGUUCAAGGAAUUUCUUCAAGUAUCUGGACCUAAUAUUGUGAAUGUUGUUACACACCACAUCUACAAUCUUGGGCCAGGUGUGGAUCCAAAUCUUGUGGAGAAGAUUCUAGAUCCAUCUUAUCUUAGCAGAUUCGAGUCUACCUUUAAAAGUCUCAAAACCAUUGUGGAAAAUUAUGGACCUUGGUCAAGUGCUUGGGUUGGUGAAGCAGGUGGAGCUUAUAACAGCGGACACAAUCUUGUCAGCAAUGCUUUUGUCUAUAGUUUUUGGUAUUUAGAUCAGCUAGGAAUGGCAUCCAAAUUCAAUACCAAGUCAUACUGCAGGCAAAGUUUGAUUGGGGGUAACUAUGGCCUGUUAAACACUAAAACUUAUGUGCCAAAUCCUGAUUAUUACAGUGCACUUCUUUGGCAAAAAUUAAUGGGAAGACGUGUUCUUUCAAUAAGUUCCAAGGGAUCACAAUAUCUCCGUGCUUAUGCACAUUGUACAAAGAAAGCUAGGGGAGUCACUUUACUCUUAAUCAACCUAAGCAAAUCCACUCGCAUCUUUGUGCCGUUAUCCAGAACAAACAAGAAUAUUGGUUUGAAUCUCAUUGGGGAUGAUGAUUUGGAAAAGGAAGGCAGAAGAUCUAGGAUGGAGUAUCACUUAACAGCAAAAGAUCAUAAUCUGCACAGCCAGACUAUGCUUCUCAAUGGAAAAGCUCUGGAACUAACUUCUGAUGGAAAGAUACCCUCUUUAGAACCAGUAGAAAUUAAUGCCCGGAAACCUAUUUCUCUAGCCCCUCUCUCUAUUGCAUUUGUGACUCUUCCAUUUGUUCAACUCCCUGCUUGUAGCAGUGGGGGAGUUGAUUAUUGGAAGCUUCAGCACUAGCUGAUUCAUUCAUUACUAUUCAUUACUAUUAGAGUUCAAUUAUUUGAAUAUUUUUUUCAAUAAAUAUUAGGGAAUUGCAUGCCAUCUUUAUCCAUGAAAGGUCAUGGAAAAGAAGCUGGCAUGUAGAUGAUAUAUUGUAUUUUAUAGAAAUAGACUUUAAUGUUGAGAUCAGUUUCUUUAUUGCC